AUGACUUGUUCAGGUGAAAUUGAUUCAAAAGAAACAAACAUAAACAAAUGUAAUGAUAACCAACCUGGAGAAACAGAGAAAAAAGGAAAGCAAAACAACUUUUGUAAAAAUCAAAAAGAAAAAUUAAAAAACAAAGAAAUAAUAUUAUAUAGAUCUAGGAGAGAUAAAAAUAAAAUAGAAAUACCUGUAUUUGUACAUUCGUAUAUAUGGAAAAAUAAUAAUUGGUAUGGUGUUAUACAUAUGAGAGAAAGUUGUGCAAAUUUUUUAUUGAGUAAUGCAAUAAAUUCACAUGUACCAUUAAAUUAUUUGCCUAUGAUAUGUAAACCAAAAAAAUGGGAAGAUGAUCAAGGUGGUAUGCUAUUAUUAAAAAAUAAUUUUAUUAGAUAUAAUAUUAAACCAUUAUUUAAUUUAAAUGUGUGCAAUAUGGGCAGGAUUAAAAAUAUAGUAUCCGAAAUUGGUAAUGUUGGUUGGAAAGUAAAUAAAGAAAUAUUACAUUAUAUUGAAUAUGCAUAUAUGAAUGGGAAAACGAUAGGAAAAAUCCCUUUAAAUAAAAAUUAUAAUUUACCUUAUAAUAUUGAUUUUAAAAAAAAUAGUAACACCAAUGAAGAAAUAAAAAAAUACUAUUUAUUAAAGGAAGAAAUUACUAGAUUAAAUAAAUGUUUAAUAAGUGAAAGACCAACAUUUUUACAAAAAUUAGCAGUAGCAAAAACAUUCAAACAAAAUGAUAAAAUAUAUUUCCCUCAUAAUAUCGACUUUCGUGGAAGAAUGUAUCCGUUGUCUCCCCAUUUACAUCAUAUGGGUGAUGACAUUUGUAGAAGUUUAAUAGUUUUUUCAGAUGAUAAAGAGAUAGGAUCAAAUGGAUUAUAUUGGUUAAAAAUUCAUUUAGCAAAUAAUUUUGGUAAAGAUAAAUUAAAUUUUAAAAAAAGAAUUGAAUGGGUUGACAACAAUAUUAAUAAUAUUAAAAAAUUACGUGAAAAUCCAUUUGAUAAUUUAGAAUUUUGGGGUUUAGCAGAUAAUCCAUGGCAAGCUUUAGCUGUUUCUAUUGAUUUAAUAAAUGCUCUAAAUUGUUCUGAUCCAUCAAAAUAUAAAAGUAAUAUACCUAUACAACAAGAUGGAACAUGUAAUGGUCUACAACAUUAUGCCGCAUUAGGCAAAGAUAAAGAUGGUGGGCGUGCUGUAAAUAUUCUUCCAUCGGAUGAACCUCAAGAUAUUUAUACAGUAGUAUUAGAUAUCGUUAUAAAUAAAAUAAAAAAUGAUAUGGAUAAUGGUGGAGAUAAAAAUGAAAGUAAUACCCUUCUAAGUAAAUCACAAUUGGCAAAUUAUUGUUUUAAAUAUAAUCUAUUAAAAAGAAAAGUUGUAAAACAAACAAUAAUGACAAUAUGCUAUGGAGUCACAUCUAUUGGUGCAAAAAAUCAAGUUAAAGGAAAAAUUCAAAGUAUGAUUGCUAAAGAUACUGAUAAAAAUACUAUUAAUGCAUUAUCUAAAUAUAUAGCUAAUUAUAUAUUUGAAUCUAUAAGUGAAAUAUUUAAAAGAGCAAUGAUUAUAAAAAAAUGGUUUAAUAAUUUAUCUAAAGUCACAAACGAUUUAAAUAUACCUAUAACAUGGAUAUCCCCAAUUGGAUUACCUUGUGAACAGCCAUAUAGAUUAGGAACUAGAAUUUUAGUAAAUACACCAUUACAAUCAGUUAGUGUAACAUCUUAUAAAAAUUGUUUACUCCAUAAAAAUAAACAAAGAUUAGGCUUUCCUCCAAACUUUGUUCAUUCAUUAGAUGCCUCACAUUUAAUUAUGACUGCUGAAAAAAUGCUUAUACAAAAUAAUUUUAGUUUUGCUGCUGUCCAUGACUCAUAUUGGGCACAUGCUUGUAAUGUUGAUAUUAUGAAUAAAUAUAUUAGAGAAUCUUUUAUUACUUUAUAUAAUGAACCUAUUUUAGAAAACAUUUAUCAAAAUUUUCAAAUGCGAUUAGGAAAAUAUGCAGAAAAAAUUCCACCACCUCCUGAGCAGGGACAUCUAGAUAUAUCACUCGUUCGAGACAGUCAAUACUUUUUUAGUUAA